AUGACUGAGGAAUCCCAGGUUCUAGCUCUGGCACGACCAGUACCUGUGUCCUUGACAAGCAAGUACAUCUCUCUGGACUUUGUCAGUAAAGUAAAAGAUGACAAAAAAAAAAAAAAAAAAAGAAGGAACAAUGGUCGUGCCAAAAAGGGCCGCGGCCACGUGCAGCCUAUUCGCUGCACGAACUGCGCCCGCUGCGUGCCCAAGGAUAAGGCCAUCAAGAAAUUCGUCAUUCGAAACAUAGUGGAGGCUGCAGCCGUCAGGGACAUUUCCGAAGCAAGCGUCUUUGACGCCUAUGUGCUUCCUAAGCUGUAUGUGAAACUACAUUACUGCGUGAGUUGUGCCAUUCACAGCAAGGUAGUCAGAAACCGAUCUCGUGAGGCCCGGAAGGACAGGACACCCCCUCCCCGAUUUAGACCUGCAGGUGCUGCCCCACGACCUCCACCAAAACCCAUGUAAGGAGCUGCGUUCAUAAGGCUGAAGAUAAACUAGUCUCUGGAAAAAAAA